AAUCACCGAGUUAUUUGCUGUCCUAAAUAAGAAGAAAUACCUGCCAAAAGCAACAAGUGAAUUUAUUUUGACCGAAAGCCGAGCCAGCGAGUCGUCUCGGCCGUCAAAACUUGUGCGUUGACGGCGAGUAGUGUGUGACCAGGAUAGAGAGGAGAAGUUUUCAACUACCUGAAGAAGUGACUAACUAGAACGCACCCACUCACUCACUGCAAGAAGGCUGGCCCGACCCUCGUGGCCGCCAGGGAGUGAGUGAGCCGAGAUGAGGGGAAACAGUGCUUUCACCCCUCCCCUCUGCAACACCUAUUGUACGAUACGUUCGAUUUUUAUGUCCACCCGGAAAUCAAUAUUUCGAGCGCAGUCAUCAUUUUGAUCACAUAAAGAUACAGUCUUAAUUGAAACGGGAAUUUUCUGUGCCACUGACUUGCGUGAAGUUGCGUAACGUGUGGUAUUUAAAAGAAAGUGUGCAAAAUAGUGCGAAUUGCAACUGGUCCGUGUGGCGGGUGUGGGAGAGGCUGGUGGGAGAAAGGGGCGGGGCUUCACUCGCGGCACAUGAGCACGGGGAUCGCCCGAGGGCAAAAUGGCUCCCAACAACCGGAAACUUAGAGAAGCAGUUUUGGCGUUCCCCGGGUGGCCUUCCCCUAGUUUGACACGCACCCUCCUUUGGGACACACCGACCCCUUGCUACCGAGGCCACGUUUCCCCUCGAAAGGCCCCUAGGCUCCAGAGACACCGACGCCAAGGAUAUCGCUAUCACCCGCGGCUGCCAAAUACCACAUUGACACAUGUCCUGAGGGAUCGCCCGGGCCAUUCAUUCCUCGACUCUCGACGACUUCCUUCGUCAGGUCAGCGGUGUCGUGGAAUCGCGGCGUGCAAAGCAAAAUAGCGGAGGAUUCCUGCCUCUGCCGAGGAAGGAAGGAAGAUUCGUUUGCGUAGGAUCGCGUCUCGAAAAUUCGUCCGAGGAAUUUCCCCAAAGUGAAAACAUUCCAAUUGGGUUGAAUUCAGUGUUGUUGAGACCUUUUUUUCUUUUGUUUUUUGUUUUCUAUUAUUUAUUGUUCGGAUGGAAGAGCGUCGCGUGCACCACAUGCACAGCCUCCGACGACCGGAACUAUGAAUGAAGAUUGACAGAGCCGCCUCUAUCCCGCCACCACGUCGACCUUCGUGGACAACUCGGCCUUCAACCCAAACUGGUCAACCAUUGAGCAGCAAUCGUUCAACAUGAUGAACGCCAUGUUCUACCCACAGGAACGUGUGGGCGGACAUCCGUCGAGCCUGGGGCCAAUCACGAGUAUCGGGGGCGUAGGGGGCUCUGCCUCUUUCGCCUCUACGCCCAGGAUACACACGCCCACCACAGAUUUCCAGCCCCCCUACUUCCCACCACCCUACAUCGGUACAGAAAAUCAAAUGCCGACACACCAUCCAGCGGCAGACCCUUACCAGCUGCAUUCGUUACCAGCGAACUACACGACCUACACCUCAGCCACUCUGCAGAACAGACACGAAGUCCCCAGGAGGGAGGACCCUCUACACGUCGCCUUCCAGAGCGGACAGGUGGGUUUGUACGACCGGAGCUACACGGGCGUCGACAGAGCAGGAGCUGUCCUCAUGGGCGCAGCAAGACACGAAGACAUCAUCCUCAGUAACACCAUUCAUCCCCACGCCAUUGAGGAACCGGCGCAGGCUAAACGAGCUCUGGCUAAUCAACAGUUUGCGGAACGAGGCCUGUUCUUGGAAGGAGUGUUAGAACCAGACACAGGCUUCACGGGAGACAUCUUCAAACAUGACAGUUUUGGCAAAAUGGGAGACAUGAUGAUGAAAGAGAACAUGUUGGGCACAGCGAUGCCCACCGACGUCUUCUGCUCGGUUCCCGGUCGUCUGUCCCUCCUCUCUUCCAACUCCAAGUACAAGGUGACCGUCUCGGAACUCCAGAGGCGUCUCUCGCCCCCGGAGUGCCUUAAUGCAUCUCUACUGGGAGGCAUUCUUCGAAGGGCCAAAAGUAAGAAUGGCGGACGUAUCUUAAGAGACAAAUUAGAGAAGAUCGGCCUCAACUUACCGGCGGGAAGAAGGAAGGCGGCUAACGUGACCCUCCUAACAUCUCUGGUCGAAGGUGAGGCCAUACAUCUGGCACGAGACUUUGGAUACGUUUGCGAAACAGAGUUCCCAGCACGCCAAAUUGCAGAAUACCUUUGUCGACAACAUUCUGACCCAGCAGAACAAUAUAGGCGAAAGGACCUCAUUCUUGCAACAAAGCAAAUCACCAAAGAACUCAUGGACUUAUUGAAUCAGGAUCGGUCACCAUUAUGUAACACCCGACCACAGAUUAUUCUCGAGCCAUCCAUCCAGCGACAUCUCACACACUUUUCCCUCAUUACACAUGGCUUUGGUUCUCCGGCAAUAGUUGCUGCACUCACAGCAAUUCAAAAUUUCUUAACAGAAUCUCUAAAGCAUCUUGAAAAGUCCUUUCCCUCCUCCAACUCCCACCUCACUGUCACACCUUCCAUAGAUCUCAAGAAACAAGAAAUGGAGAAGAAAUAACGUUAUGGUCAUUUAUUAUACAUUCCCUCUUCCAAUACUUUUUCUGGCAGCCACCCACCAACAGUCGGACCAUACGAGACAUUUCUUAACUUUGGUACAGCUCAUGAAAAGAAGACAAUCAUGUGACAUCAUAUUCACAUUGAUAAGAUCUUCAGUACUGCCUCAUGAUCCACAAGUUAAUGAACUGCUCCCUCUCAAGUCACUGAAAGUGGUUUGGAACCAUGAUUAGUGACAUUGCAGGAUUGGCCUGACAUUGUUUGUACAUAUUAUUCCAUAAGUGUUAUAAAGACUUAACAUAGCUGUCUUAUGAUAAGCUGUGUGCCUCUAUAAACAGUGAAGUGCAAUAACACAAGAGAUAGUGCAUAAUGUAAUACUCAGCUUUGUGGAGAGAAAUAUGCUGUUGAAAAAAAUACUGGGAAACAUUACGCAAAAAUCACCUCUUUGAGGUUUAAUACACGAUGCAAGUGUAGUUUGCUAAGGUUUGUACAAAUCCCAUAUUGCCAUAUCUUUUGAAUUCUAAGUUGAAAGAAAAGAGAUUUUUAUAUAUAUAUGAAUAUAUUUGUUUUUUAUUUAAAAAUUAAGGCAUUUUUGUCCUAGAUUUCUUUUAUCAAUUUUGUUUUAUAUAAUUUUUAUACUUUUUCAUAAUUGACAACAAAAGGCUAGUAAUAUGUACUGUGAACAAAAUGCAGUUAUUUGUACAUAAGAGAAAAUUGGUGGACGUGAAAAUAAUGCCAACAGUUUUAACUAAAUUUUUAAAUAUUGGAUACAAAGCGCGUGUUCAAAUUUGUUUUAUUGAAAAGAUGUGCCACUAACAAAUCCCAGAUUGGACAAAAAAAAAAAAGAAGCAUUGUGAUGGUGUACCAAUUGACAGUAUUUUCUGCUGAAUACAGUACUUUGUUUUGUAUCUAGCAUUUAGCCAAACUUUGUACUUUAGUGUCAUGGUGAAAUAUCUCUUACAUGGAUAUUCACAUCCAAUACAUAUCUGCCAAAUAGUGUACCAAGUGCAAUCUCUUGGCGAUGUGAUUUAUAAACUAGGUUAUUUGGGAUGCCUUUGGGAUAAACUGAUGUGUUGUGGGAGUGGUGUAGCAAACCUUCCAAGAUGUAAUAUUUAUGUCAGUAUCCCUAGUCAACCCAUAUUUGUACAGUGUAGAAAGAACUUACAGACUUGUAUCUUUUUCUGGAUGGGACUCUCUCACCUAACCCUCUUGGCUGGGAGUAGUUUAGUGUUAUAAUCUUAUAUAGGUGAUAGAACAGAGCGUCUCUCAGACAGGAGUUUGGAGGUGUCAGGCAUGACAAGAAUGUGAAUUCGUUCCUUUUUUUAUUUAACUUUUGACUAAUAUUGUUUUGUAAUUUUCUUAUAUUGUGAAUAGCCCAUGAUCUCUCAAAAAAUGUCUGAAUCUUCCCCAAGUACAAUCAAGGGCUUCAUAGCUCACCAUAUUUAUAAGCUGCUUCAGCAACUCUGUAUAAAUUUGCUUAUGUGAUCAACUCCCCUCAUCAUAUCACUUUACAUUAUGUGACUGACUUCCUUUCAUAACACUUUUAUCAGUAUUUACUUUCACUAGUCUUGCUUACUUUUCUAGUUUCUCCUAGAGGUUAUUAGUAUUCAAAUACACAGGGUUUUCUGUUGUAUAGUUACCUGCAACUGGCAGUGAUGUUAAGCUCCUACUGAAUACUUUCCAAUUUUUUACUUUUUUGGUAUGGGCUAGUGAAGUUUCUUUAUAAGAACUUUACUGGGAUCCCUACGAACUCUAUACUUUUGAACUUUAACAAUGAUUUUCUCAUUGUAUACAAGUGACAUUGUGAUGUAUGUAUGUACUUAUUUUGAAAUAAUGUGUUGCCAUGAAUGUAUAUGUGAUGGAAGUAAAUCUGAGCCUUGGAUUAUGGCUUUACAAGAUUGUAAGUUAUAACAAUAAUAGCUAUAUUCAGGACUCCCCCUCCCCCAUUUUUUUUUUUUUUUUAUAAAGAGUUGGCCCUUCUGUUAUUGGAGGGUCAUGGUGACAGUACUGUUUUGGUUUAUAUUCUAUGCUUGACUCAUUCUCAAUAAAGACAGAAAGGGCUUAGAGUAAAAUGUAGCAACUAGCAAUUGAAAAUCGCAAACGACCUUUUAAGGCUCAAAUUGUUCAUGUACCCCCAUAUUACUCCAUGCCCUUCUAUGUGUUUUCUAAAGUAUGGCGUUGCUCAGACAUCUUUCUUGUACAAAGGAAAGAAUUGUUAUUUUUUUUGGCCGAAAUCUAUGUAUGUUAUUACGUAAGGUAUUUUCUACCAUGUCAGACUUCUGGCGUAUGUUCUUAAACUUGGUUGUUUUGUGUUCCUCCAUAAUGGAUGGUACCAUUGUGCUGUAUAGUUUAUCUGUCAUCUUGAAAUAAUUUUAAUGCUAAAUGAUGCCAUAUGUAGAAUAAUAAUAAAAAUCUUAACAAG